UCAGCCGGCUGCUUUCUCUCCGGCGCAGUGAAAGUUCCCGCGCCCCGACCUGACCCUGGAGUUCCCCUGAAAAUUCCCCGCCCGCCCGGGGGGGUCGGGCCAGCAGCGCCCCGCGGCGCCGGGGGGGCAGGAGGUGGGUCUGGGGGGCGGGUGGAGGGUUUGGCAUCGCGGCGGGAGGAGGCCGGCGCCCAUAUAACCGGGGCCGGCGGGGGGGGGCCCACAAGCGACUGAGGAGCCCCGGAGCUCGGAGCCAGCGGCCAUGGGGCCCCCCAAGCUUCUCGGUGCUGAGCAGCCUCGGGGGCUGGGGCGCCGAAAACCCCGACCGAGAAGCUGGUGUUAUUUUCGAGCAAAGAAAAACCCCCCACAAAGGGCACGCGGGGCACGUCGCCCUGGCGCUCCGUUUCCACUGAGUCACCGGCACGUCGCACCCUCGGGGAGCGCGGCCGCCCCACGGCGCCCUAUAAAUCCCCAGCCGGGGGGCGGAUUUCGCACUGCUCCCCUGCCAGCCGGGAUGCCGAGGAGCGCCGAGCGCUUGCGCCAGGCCCCGAUGCCCAGCCCCACGUCAUCCCGAGUGCCCCAUGGCAACAGCCCCGCUGGCCCGACUGGCGGGGCCCAGAUCCGCCCCACGGUGCUCACCCACGGAACCAGCGCCCCCGCCAGGAAGCAGCAGGUGCCACCAUACCCCCUGGCGAUGGGGGACCCCCAAACCACCCCCCACCUCCAGGCCCUGCUCCAGGACACCCAGCGCCAGGCACUGCUCAUCCAACAGAUGUCUCCGGAGCCCAGCGCCCGCCCCUCCAUCCUGCACCUCCAGCCCCCCGGCGUGCUGGUGCUGAGGUCCCACCACGGCUUGACACACGGGAUUAACAUCACGGGCGUGGAGUGGAUUCCGAGGGACCCGCCUGCCCCCCGCUCGCCAGACCGGUCCCCCCCACAGCGCUGCCCCAGCCCCGGGGACCACAGCGGCCAGACUGAGAGACGCCCCCGGCAGGACCCGCUCUGGGCACAGGACAGGGCAGCCCAGUGCCGGCGGCAGAGGGAGCUGGUCGAGCACCUGGAGGAGCAGCUGGAGCGGGAGCGGCGGCGCCUGGGGGCCAUGCAGGCCCAGCUGGCCACGACGGAGGCCCCGGACCGAGCCCUUGACCCAGCAAUGUCAGCGAAGGGCCAGCGCUGCGCCUCCCAACCCCCCACCCCCUCGGGCUGGGCCCGGGCUGGAGCCGCCCUCCCCGCCCAGAAGGGGGCGCUGCAGCCGCCACUGACCCCCCAGGCCCACCCCUAUGUCAGCCACGGCGCCGGCAUCUGCUCAGACCUGGGCCCCACCUUGGAGUUUUAUCGGUUCAGCAGGGCCCGGCCGCCCUUUACCUACGCGAUGCUGAUCCGCUGGGCCAUUCUGGGAUCCCCCCACCGCCAGCUGACGCUGAACGAGAUUUAUCAAUGGUUCAGCCGCAUGUUCGGCUACUUCCGCCACAACACGGCCACCUGGAAGAACGCCGUGCGGCACAACCUGAGCCUGCACAAGUGCUUCGUGCGAGUGGAGCACGUGAAAGGCGCCGUGUGGACCGUGGACGAGGCCGAGUUCCAGAAGAAGCGGAACCAGCGACCCCCCCCGUACGGUGCCCUGGGGUGGGCGGGGCCUCCUGUUAGCCACGCCCAGGGACCAGCAGCUAUUAGCCACGCCCCCAGGAGGAUCCAGCAGGUACCUGGAGCUGAAGCACCUGCUGCCCCCCCUGCCCUUCGCGCCCCCCUCCCGCCCCAGCCGAUGAGACACCCCCAGGGCACCUCCAGGGGCUGAGACCCCCCCCGUGAGCCCCCCCCCACUGGACACAGGAGCUGUCUGCAAAACCCAGGACUUUAUUGGCCUCGUUCCAGCAGGGGAAUGGGGGGGGGGGACGCUGCACCCCAGCCACAGCCGCCUUGGCGCCAGGC